AUGCGGGCCGUGCACCGCCACCGCGGGCCCGUGCCGCCGCUGCCCCGGCCCGCCGCCGUGCGCCACAUGCGGGCCGUGCACCGCCACCGCGGGCCCGUGCCGCCGCUGCCCCGGCCCGCCGCCGUGCGCCACAUGCGGGCCGUGCACCGCCACCGCGGGCCCGUGCCGCCGCUGCCCCGGCCCGCCGCCGUGCGCCACAUGCGGGCCGUGCACCGCCACCGCGGGCCCGUGCCGCCGCUGCCCCGGCCCGCCGCCGUGCGCCACAUGCGGGCCGUGCACCGCCACCGCGGGCCCGUGCCGCCGCUGCCCCGGCCCGCCGCCGUGCGCCACAUGCGGGCCGUGCACCGCCACCGCGGGCCCGUGCCGCCGCUGCCCCGGCCCGCCGCCGUGCGCCACAUGCGGGCCGUGCACCGCCACCGCGGGCCCGUGCCGCCGCUGCCCCGGCCCGCCGCCGUGCGCCACAUGCGGGCCGUGCACCGCCACCGCGGGCCCGUGCCGCCGCUGCCCCGGCCCGCCGCCGUGCGCCACAUGCGGGCCGUGCACCGCCACCGCGGGCCCGUGCCGCCGCUGCCCCGGCCCGCCGCCGUGCGCCACAUGCGGGCCGUGCACCGCCACCGCGGGCCCGUGCCGCCGCUGCCCCGGCCCGCCGCCGUGCGCCACAUGCGGGCCGUGCACCGCCACCGCGGGCCCGUGCCGCCGCUGCCCCGGCCCGCCGCCGUGCGCCACAUGCGGGCCGUGCACCGCCACCGCGGGCCCGUGCCGCCGCUGCCGUACAUCGACACAUAA